CGUUGCCCUGAAAAUUUUCCCCAAAUCCCGAAUUUCAAAGCUCCGCCGAAUUCUUGAAAUCCCUACCAAAUCUCUCAACUUUGGGGGAAUUGAAGGAAAGAUGGCGGAUUUCUCAGCUCCCUCCUUCUCUCUCGGCCUUGAUCUUGAUCCCGACAUCGCCGAUCUCCCAACUGAAGACGAAGAAGAACGAGCAGCGGAGAAUGCGGAUGCGAGCAAGCCUUCUCAUGGUGAAAUCGAUGAAGGGCAUGAUCCCUGAGCUCAAAACCCUAGUUCCUGAUUCCGAUGAUGACCAGUUGCCUCCUCCUCGAGCGCUCAAGCGCUUGCGGCGAGGGCCUUGUCAACCUCCUUCGCAAGCUGCUCAGGUUGAAGGGGGUCAGAGAGAUGAGUUUUUUCCCAGUCUCGAUGAUGAAAUCGAGGAGUUUCUCGUCUCAAGAGGAGCGUCAGCUACGUCAGGGCGAUGCAUUUCACACUUCUAAGCUUUCUCUGCAUAGAGUCCUGUCUAGCCGUUCAACAAACAAGUUAAAGACUCCAAUAGUCUCAUCUGCUUCUAAUGCUUCAACCUUGACAAACUUGGAGGCAAGCAAAAGAAAGAAAUUUUCAGCAAAUCUAACUAUUAGCCCUGUUAGAAAAAUCCAGCUAGUGGACUCUGAUUCAGAUGAUCCUUCUAGUGAAUACGAAGAAUUUGACACCUUUAAACAAGCUAAAGGACAUUGUUCCACCCAAUCCAAUGCCGGAAAGGAAAAGAAAAAGGCAUUGUUUUCUGCAAAGAACACACAAAAAGAAGGCUUCUGGAAGGAUUUCAGAUUAAAGCAGAAUGUUGAGAUUGCAACUCCUGCUCUAGAUGAGUUUUGUGAAGAAUAUUUUCGUUCACAGAAGGAGCCAUGUUCUGGCCGACAAAAGGAUGGCAGUGCAGGUGCAAGCAAUUCUAGAAAAACUCACCACGACUAUUUUGAAGGCCAUUGUCAGAAAAGCAUCAGCAGAACAUCAGAACAGAAUUGGGACCAGUCUCACGCACAACCUCCUGCUUAUCACUAUUUCUUCCAUGCUGAUGUGAGGAUUCAGAAAUUAGUCAGGGAACGUUUACCUCACUUUGUUCCUCUUUGUGCUGGAGAUGACAGAGGAAAUCAACAGUUUGGAGCAGAAAAUCUUGAUUACAUGGGCCAGUUUGGCCAAAAGAGUGGCCUUUCUCAGACCUGUGUCAACCAUGAGGGGCCUUCUGAAGCUGGCUCAAAAGCAAAGAGAAGAAAACCAAAUAAUUCUCGUGUAGAAGAGGCAUCUCCUGCUGCUGGUGACUGGGUAAACCCCAGAAAUAAUGCCGCCCUGCCAAGAGAUGCUGGUAAGAGGCGAGUUCGAGCAGAAGGCCAACAAUGUGGCCAUUGGUUUACUGGUCAGGAUGGAAAAAAGGUUUAUGUCACUAAAAACGGACAAGAACUAACCGGCCAAAUUGCUUAUAGGCAUUACAGGAGGGAAAGUGGUGCUGCUUCUAAACGGGCCAAAGGGAAAACAUCAGUGAAGAAGAAAGCCACUGCCAAGAAGACAAGGAAAAGAUGAACGACAGGUGUUGAUUACGAAAUGCCUUUAACCUGCCGGCAAGAUCAGAAGACAAAUUUAUUGCAAAUCAGAAAUUAACUUGGCAAUUGGCAUUGAAAAGUUACAGGGAAACCUUUCUUAUUGGGGGAUAGGUACAGGGAACCGGAGAAGACGAGCAGGAAUGCUAUAGUUUUUCAAAGCCAAUUGUUGGAUUAAAAGUAUAAGCUCAGGGCAAGCAAGAGACACGUGGCGAUACUUCAAAACAUAUAGAAAUGGCUCCAUUUCAAAUAAUGCCUUUUAUAAUUACUGAUUGUAUUUUAUUUAUAUAUGUAUAUAUAAUUAGGUUUUUAUAUCAAUUUUUCAAGCACUUUAGUGCAC